GGUUACAACACGAGGAGCCAAUCACUCGAUGGCUCGAGUAUGCGUUCGCCCGACAAGUUCGGAGCCUCGAGUUGAACCUCGAACCUUGCUACGACGACCCCAUGUACGGUCUCCCUAGGGAUCUUCUCGUCGCGGAGGGUUCCCAAUUCAAGUCAAUCGAAGCGUUGACUUUUAAAGACGUUAGCUUGAGCGAAAAGGAUAUUGACUUCUUCUUGCGAAACUGUCCCCUGCUCGAAGAGUUGAUCGUGUUCAACUCCCCGGAGCUGUCGGAUCUCGAAGUCUGCGGCCCGUCGCUCGCGUUGAAGCACUUGGAGAUAGUUUUCUGCCGGCGUUUGAAAUCACUUCGAGUUUCCGCGCCGAGGCUUGCGCGUUUUUGGGUCGCAACGUACGACGGAUUGUUGAUUGGGAACUUGCCGAUGCUGGUCGAGAUUCGUACUCAGUGUAGAGACGAUGACGUUCGCUUGGGACAUUUGUUUUCGACACUUUCGACCAGUUCGCGAUUGGAGACUCUUCGUCUGAAGCUGCUCCAAUCACCGGAAAUGCAUGAGCUGCACAAUCUUUCUCUACUGCCUAAACUGAAGAAGAUGGUCAUAGAAUAUAUUGAAGAUGGCCGCCGAAAUAUUUUUCGACUCUCUGAUUUGAUAAGGGCAUCGCCUUUCUUAGAGGAAUUUGUUCUAAAGUAUAAAUGUGCGUAUAUACCGAAUAACGAAGUGGAGGAGGCUAUAGUGUCGUCUCCACACCACCACCUUAAGGUGGUGAAAUUUUCCGGAGGUUUUGGUCGGACUAAUUAUCUUCGAUUUGUCGACUACAUUUUGGAGAACUGUCUUGUGCUUGAAAAAGUAAUUGUCGAUCCGUGUACCGGAACAUUGAACCUUAUGCUUGAUAGUACAAAUUUCGAAGAAAAUGUAAGAAAGAAAGCAAAGCAACACUUUGAAGCACGAGUUCCUCAGCACAUUGAAUUGGUUUUUCUUUAA